CUCAGAAUCUCGUUCUUAGCCCAAUCACACGUCACGCCCUUUUCGCCCAAUUGUUGUCUGAGCCAUUUGUUCUCUUUCUCUUUACUUUCGCCUGUGCUGCACCCCCACGACCACGCCAUAACUACAGGAAAUGGGCAACGUGCUCUGCUGCUGCUUUGACGGCGGCGACGAAGAGAGCGACCCGCUCCUCAAAGGAUCAUCGCAAUCGGGUCAGAAAUCCGUAGCCUCGCGGAGACGCGAUGGGACGCUGUCGCCCGACCCGCGGCCGACGAGUCCAGGGACAUUGGCGCAGUCCCGCAUCGACAGGGACGACGCGGACGACCAGCAACACCAGGACGACGGCGCAGAGUACACUGAGAAGCGCCUGAUUGAGCGCGCCAAACGCGAACAACGCACGAACGCCGUGCUGCAGGCCAAGCAACACCAGCGAGCAGAUCGCGCAGCUGCAUUGGCGGAGGAGCGCAAUAGGAAGCUCGAGCAGCGCGCCCGACGUCAGGACGACGUCCAGCGUGACAAGGACGAGCGGCGAAAGCGCCUGGGCCUGGCUCCGAGCGGAUUUGCGGCAGACAAUGUCUCCAUCCAUUCGGAAGACAGCGUUCAAUCGUUCUCCUCGACCCGCACGACCAAGAGCACCUCGACGUCAAUGUCUAGAGCGAGCCAGCGAUCGAAUGCAUCGACUUCGGCGCUGCCGGGAUCAACACGCAUCUCCCCAAGCAACUCGUUGCUCGACAUGGAGAGCGCGAUUCCCGAUGGCAUGUCAUCCGCCGCUGCUGGCGUACAAAGUGCAACACCAGUGGCUGGAGGAGCUCCUGUUGAAGCUGCUGAUCCAGACGCGCCGGAAGUGCUGACCAUUGAUGCUGGCAUCAUCCUAGACCAGGGAGAUGCACAAGCAACUGACUCGAAAGCCGCCACGGAGACUGACGCUACGGAAGAAGCGGCCUUGCAGCACGAUUCAACUCUGACAGUGGAUGAGCAAUUGGAGGAAUUGCAAUCGACGUUGGUCGAUCCCGCACAGGAAGUGACGCUGGCCGAGCUCGCUCCUGCCCCGCACAUGUUGGAUCUUGCGGGUGAGAGUGCUGCAGUGGACGAUGAAGCGCGUGGCGACUCGGCGGCAACGACCGAAGAAACAGUGGCUGAAUUGCAGUCUUCGCUGGUCGAUCCUGCCCUGGAGGUCACCCUUAGCGAGCUGGGACAUGCAUCGGAAGAAUCGACUCUUGCACCUGUCGACAGUUCGGCGGAGCAGGAGCCGACAGCGGCAGAGGAAGAGUCGUCCGAGGCUGCUGAACCUCUCUCCAAUUAGGGCAAUCUGCGUCGGUCGACCCCCGCAUUGAAUGCCACCCUUUGUCGGCUGAACAAGAUGCACAUAACCACGACGAAGGUGCAUCCUGAUGCUACGAGCUGGCUGAUUCAUCUGCGAUUUCGUUGCCCCAAUUUGAUCAACUGAGUCAUUUCGUGCUAAACAAAAAUAACAAAUCAUCGAUGCU